UUUACCCGAUGAAGAAUACAACUCUAAUCAGUGUCCUCCUCUCUAGAUCCUCAACCCGUUUUCUACCAUGACCCGGCCUAUUUCUUUCUUCGCUUUGAUCUUCUUCUUCUUCUUCUUCCUCUCUUACCGUCAUCAAGUUCUCGCUGCUUCUGACUUCGAAGGAUUCGAUGGCGAAGACGAUGAUGUCUUGGACGAGUCCUCCGAGCUUCACCACUCGAUCCGUCCGCCUCCGGUGACUCAGUCCGAGUCACCUUCUCUGGAUCUGGAUCAACCCUCUUCCUCUGUCUCCGACCCCGACCCAAUUCCCAACUCGGACCCUUCGGUUCAGUCCGAUUCCCGGAAACCCUCUUCUGUUUCGUUCGAUUUUUGGGAUGAAGACGAGUUCGAGGGUUUACCGGUGGAGGAACCGGCCACGGAGACGAGGGAGUCUCCGGUUAUCGCAGAGAAAGCUGCUCCCGCUGAUGCGAAGAACCCAGAUCAGGAAACUGCAUCGGAAUCUCAGGACAACGUUGUUGCGAGGAAGAAGUCGUCCUACACGGUGGAGAUCAUCUGCGUCUCGUUCUUGGUCACUUUUGCGAUCAACUACUUCACCGGGAGACGAGAGAGCGAGAAUCUCGCGUUGGCUUGGGCAGCGAAAUUCGCGACCAAGGACACGAUAUUCGAGAAGAACUUCAGUUUGUUGGGUGUUGGUGAAGGAGAGGAUUCGCCAUUGCUGCUGAAGGAAGCUCAGAACGUGUUCAAGUUCUACGCUAGUGGGCGUAGGUACUGCCACGGAUUGUUGGCGACGAUGGAGCUCAAGAGCAGACACGAUCUUCUCUCGAGGCUGUUCAACAUGGUGGUCCCUUGUAAAGACGAGAUCAGUUUCGAGGUUUAUAUGAACGAGGAAGCCAUGGAUCACGUCGUGUUUGCGGUGGCGAAGAAGAAGGCGGCGAAAGCGAUGCAGAAGGAGCUCGGUGAUCUGCAGAGAUUCGCCGGAAUGGUGUCUCCUCCAGGCGGAAGAAAGUGGGUUGCAGAGGAAUUAGCUGUUUUGUCUGAAUCCAAGGAGGUUGCUGGGGAUUUGAUCACAGAAGCUGUUCUUGAUCAGGUUUUCGGUGAAAAAGCUUUCGAAAAGUUCGGGAAGUAUUUCAUCUCGAUGCAUUUCUCUGACCAACUCCCCGGAAAACGCAGGAAAAUGCUGCUUUUCAAGUUUGCCCUUCCCGACGCCAAACGUAUGGAUGAUAUUGUCCGGUUGGUGGCUCUUAUCCCGUAUUACAUCGACUUGGUCGGACGCUACAGGCUGAGCUCCCAAGCACGGAACAAGACCGAGGCUGCUAGGCAAAAGGCGGCUCAGGAAGCGUACAAGGAGCUUCAGAACGCGAGGCAAGAAGUGUUGCAGAGGAAGAAGGCGGAGAAGAAGAAGACAAUGGAGGAGGCCGAGGCAAAGCUUAGCGCCGAGGCUCUGAGGAAGAAAGAGGCGAGAGAGCGUGCUCGCCAGAUGAAGAAGGCGAUGCCGAAAAUGAAGAUGACCCGUGGUCCGUAGAAGACUUUCGGUUUCCACAGGUAAAGCAGCAGCUUAGCAACCAUUUAUUGAACGGCCGCUUCAAUCAAUCAGGCUCGGCAAAACAUCCCCUUUUUCUCGAUGACAUUUCUUCGGGAGCGGUCUUAAUGUUUGUCGUUUGAGCGGCUUGUGCUCUCGUUUUGAACGGAUUUAUCGUUUUUUUCGCUCUUUUUGCGAAUCUUUUCACUCGGAUUUCGUUCCUUUUUUCACUCGUAAGAAUGUCACUGAAACUGUGUUUGCAAUACCCCGAGACCUCUUUAGACAAAACAUAACUCAAGAGUUUUGACGCUCUUUCAUGUUC